AAAAAAAAAUUUUGAUUUAAAAUCUUUUGCAGCAGCUGAGACACAAAGAAUUUCGAAAUUUUAGUUUGCCACUGAGAAAAUUUUUGACGGAAAAUAUACCAACGAUAAGAAUUAAAAAAAAAUUAAUUCUCAAAUACAUAAUUACACAAUUUCGAAUUUGUAUACGAUAAAUUGGGGUGACCGAUAUAUAUUUUUCAGACACCCUGUACACACAGACGCGCUGCUCGCCAAGUGUUCAAUGCUCUCAUAAGUAUAAUCCAGUCCUGAUGUAUAACGUUCUUCCCCACACGCGUAGACUUUUUUUUUUUUCUUUACUUUUUCCCCUCUCUUUUACGCCGCUUCGGGACGAGGAACGAGUCUCGGAACGAGAACGAACAGGUUAAAAUACGAGGGAUACGUUAACAUAUGCAUUCUUAUGCAUUUCACGUUUUUACUACUGUGACGGAAUAUGUAUAUACGAGAGCAAAUCGUCUCUUCUUCUUUUUUUUUUUUUUAAUUGCAAACUCUGAGAUGAAUAAUACAAUAAGUAAAUAAGUAAAUAUUUCUUUUCCAGAAAGCAAUUCUCAGACAUAAUCAAAGAGAACCGUUUUCAUUGAUAACAAGCUCUUAUUGAAGAAACAUAAAUUUUUUUCUCCCUUUUCCGCAAAAAAAAUUUAUGCACAUUUUAAAUAAUAUAAUUUCGAAGUGAAAAGAAUUGCAUUAGGGGGUGUUUAAAACUUGCUCCGAUUAAUUCAUGAUUUUCGUGUUUCGUACAACUGCAAUUGUGAUAAUUCGAAGAUGCGAUACGGAAUACUUUUCAAUUACGACUUUAUAUUUGUCAAGAAAUUUAUGGCCGAAGCGAAGCGGACUAUUUUCGUUGCUACAAUAUGUGCGAUAUUUCUACGCAGCGAAUAAAUGCAAUGCAAAAGCGAAUGUAUUUUUCUCGCGCGCAUGUGUGUGGUGAAUACUCUAUUCUAAUUUGCUAUGAUGUAAUUCCAAUGAUAACAACACGAAUAUGCGAAAAUAUGUUUCCUCCGGUCUCGAAAUGGCCGGAAUAGCUCGAGGAUAAUUUUGGAACACCGCACCAUCAUGGAUUCCUUAUCCUGACUAGCUCGCACGCAAACUAGAGGAAACGCUUUAAGCCCUCUAAGAUCCAUCACGGAUCUAUAUUUUAUAAAUGCAAUUAUAUAUUAGUUGUACUAAUAGCUAAUCGAUUACAGCCAGAAUAUUGUAAUUAAACGAAAUGGAUGCGAUUUAACAUGCGGAGAACCUUCUAUGGUAAUCUAUCAGAGGUGAUAUAAUGAUAUAAUAACUCUAAUUUUCAUCCGUUAAUAUCGCACAUCACAAUGUUAUCACGUGUUUGACAUACAUUUAUACGAACAUCGCGAGAUAAAAAGAAAAUCUACUCUUUGAUUAUCUUACUAUUAUCUCUUAAUCCCGGAAAGAGAUAAUGUGAUAAUAAUAUUUUUUGUUUAUACACACACACCUGAUACGAGCGUGUCGAAAGAAAGUGAUAUAUACGAAAGUGUAUAUUUGCUCCGACUUAAUCUAUUUUUAUCUUUUUAUUAUGAGGUGUCCCAAAAAUAAAUAUUUAAUAUUAUACUGCCUAUGCCUAAUUAUCGAUUUCCAAAAAGAAGGGUAGGUUUGGCAGGUUUCCAAGCUCUCUAGCCCCUCCUUCUCAUUUUAAAGUACCUACACAUCCUCCGGUAUCGAUCCUUGGAAAACGUCCAGCAUCCUUCCGACCAGCUCCCACAUAUCGAAGCUUUCAUACGACACACCCUAUAUGUAUACCGUAUCGAUCGUUCGCUUCCUCCUAUCGCACAUCGCACGUGGAUAUCACUCGCAACAGAGGUGGUCAACCUUUACGAAUUUGCCGGUUUUUCCGGCCGCGGAUUCGGCGGAUUCGGCGGAUUCACCGGGGCACGUGAAUUCUUUAACAUUCGAUCUCGUUCCAACGUUGACAUUGAACGCGGCUUGCCUCGUUCAAAGCCUCGCAAAACACGUGAAUCGCACGAGCACGCGCUUAUUUACGGCUGAAUGGAUUCCGUUGAAUAGAUAAAUAAUAAUUCCAACUUUUAAUCUAUGAUAUUUGUAUUUGUGCACUAUCGAAAGUACCACCAUUAAUCGUACUCUUCUACUUUUCCAGUUUCAAACAUUAUAAGCGAUACUACGUAUCGCUACGAAUUAUCGUUGAGAGCUGACGGUGAGAAAUUAAUUAAAUAAAAUGCUUAUAUCUAUUUAUUGUAAUUGCAAGUAAAGUCGAAAUACUAAUCUCGGAUCGAAAAUUAUUUCUAACAUCUUUUCACUGCAGAAAGCAUGAUUUUGAAGAUUUAAAAGAGAAAUACGAUUUUGUUUUAUUUUUAAAAAAUAUCGUUUUUAACGAUAUAUCUCGUCGUUGGAAUUAUCUCCAUUUUUUUUUUUUUGCGUAUUAAUUUCAAUCAUUGACGACAGAUUUAAACUGUUUAUUAUAUCUCUUAAUCGAGAGAGAUAAGAUUCAUACGAUAAGAUCGUGUAUGUCAUAAUAUUUUGCCAGAAUGACAAAUUUGAAGGUCAGUAAAAAUAAAUAGAUUCUUCUUCGGAUUAUAAUAAAUGAAAUUGGAGAAUUCUUUCCUAAAUGAAAAAUCGCGCAAUGUAAAUUUCUAGACAUUGAUUAUUAAAUUCUGAUAAUUUGGAUUUCCACGUGACGAUGCGAAAUAAAAAUUUGAAAAAAAAAAAUAGGGGAAAAAGAGGAGACAUAUUUACGUCAAAAAUUGAAUUCUGUUUAUAAUUAUACAUACAUAAAAUGUUGCAAAACCGAAUGUCCUGUUAUAUAAUAGCGGAUCCAUAGCCAAAAAGUGUCGAGGCAUGAAUCCGAGUUAACGAUAGAAAAGGAGCGCUUUUUACAAACUAAACUUUGUAGGGAGUUGAAAAUAAAUUUCCAUUAACUUAAUUAGUCGGUUAAUUUCAGAAGGAAUCUGCUCUUAAAAGGAUGGUAAUUUUUAGAUACUCUAUAUGUUAUUAUACUUUUUUAAGUUUUCCGUAUUACACGAGACAUAAGAAUAUAAAUAGAAAUCUAUUCCAAAUUUCGAGGAAGAAGAAAUGUUCUUACAUGAGGAAUGUUAUCGAGAAGCGGUUGGCUACCCCUGUCCUCUCUGUUACAUGCUUGGUACAUCGGACAAGCACGUGAACGCGUCGCAACAUCGAUUUCUUUAACGCGUAUUCUUCGUUUUGUUUGCACACAUCGAUCAUUAUUGCGAUUCGUCACGACGACGACGACGACGACGACGACGACGACGACGACAAAGUCACGCAUUUGUUACGCGCCUUAUGCUUACGUAACGCCGACAAUACGGAUAUUCUGCGUUACCUUGACGGCUCUUCCUCUUCUCCCCCUCCCCCAAAUCAUCCUUCACGAUCUUGGCCCCCUAAUAGUGCGUAGCUUUUCACAUGCGGAGUAUAUCUGUCCAACGAUCAAAUGUCAUAUCGAAUCUGAACUAAUCGUCUAGAUUGCAUCGUUCAAAUAUCGAGUUUAAGUGCGCGUGUACUAUAUUAAACAAGUAACUUUAACUAUACUUAAAUAGAUAACUUUUUAUUUGUUCAUAUGUUUAAUUACAGUACUACAGUCGCAAAUAAUAAAACAAUGUACGUAACUCGAUUUCAUCGAGUAUUAAUUUCGCGACGUCUGUGCGCUAAAUACGACAGCGAUAUAUACAAGCAUACAUUAAUGAAAUAGAUCGCGAAAGCUCUCUCUAUUUUUAUGAUUACGAUCAAUUACGAUGACUUCCGAGCCGUGGACCUUGCCUCCGAAGCAAGGUCUUUACGAUCCUGGCCUCGAACGAGAGGCUUGCGGCGUUGGUUUUAUCGUCGCCAUUGAUGGAAAGCGGUCGCAUAAGAUUAUACGAGACGCUCAGACAUUGUCGGCGCGUAUGAAUCACAGGGGAGCGUGUGCUUGCGAUAACGACACUGGUGACGGGGCUGGUGUACUUUGCGCAAUCCCGCACGAUUACUAUGCCAAUAAAAUUCGUGAACAGCAAAAUAUCAUACUGCCCGAGUUCGGACGAUACGCGACCGGUAUUUUAUUCCUCGACAAGAACACGCACAAGGAAGUAGAGACGGCGUUCGAGAAACUGGCCGAGGAAUGCAAUUUGCGAGUGCUCUGCUGGCGCAAUGUUCCCACCGAUAGGAUCCAGAUUGGUCAAGUGGCGAAGAAGUGUGAACCGUAUAUGCGUCAAGUAUUCGUUACUGGCGAUCAGGAUACGGAAACGCUCAAACGGCAGAUAUUCGUGCUAAGGAAAAGAUCGUCGCAUACAAUACCGCGACCGGGAUUGCGAUACUACAUUUGCUCAUUGUCGCUAAAAACGGUCGUCUACAAAGGACAGCUGACCGCUGAUCAGUUAUGGUUGUACUUCACGGACUUUAAGUCUCCAAAGUUCGAGACUUAUCUGGCGCUGGUGCAUACACGAUUCUCCACGAAUACGUUUCCGAGCUGGGAAAGGGCGCAUCCUCUACGAUUGCUGGCUCAUAACGGCGAAAUUAACACUCUGCGCGGCAACGUGAAUUUUAUGAAGGCGCGAGAAGGCGUGAUGAGCAGCCAGAUAUACGGCGAUCAGCUGAAGUUGCUCUAUCCGGUCGUUGAGCCAAAUCUAUCCGACUCUGGAUCGGCGGAUUGUGUGCUCGAAUUCUUAGUAAUGGCGGGACAACGUUCGUUGCCUGAGGCUGUCAUGACGAUGGUACCGGAGGCAUGGCAGAACGACGUAACAAUGGCCACCGAGAAGCGCGACUUCUACCAUUGGGCGGCGUGCGUCAUGGAACCUUGGGACGGCCCGGCACUGCUAACCUUCACCGACGGCCGCUAUGUCGGCGCUAUCUUGGACAGAAACGGCCUGCGCCCGUCGCGCUUCUACGUCACUAAGGAUAACAUGAUGGUGAUGGCGUCCGAAGUGGGCGUCUAUGAUACUCCGCCCAGCAAUGUAGUCCUGAAGAGUCGCUUGAAGCCCGGCCGAAUGCUUCUCGUCGAUACCGAAGAGAAGAGGAUCAUACAGGAUGUCGAGCUGAAGCUGCAGAUCGCUCGAAGCAGGCCUCAUUCCAAGUGGCUCAAAGAACAGAGGAUCACUAUGGACGAAUUGCGUGCCGCGCAUGCUACUAAUGACAAUACGGGAGAUGUAAUUGGAAAUGAUCUAUCCGCCGAGACGACUGUCGCGAAGAAAAAUGUUCUUAACGGAGUAAAUGAGGUCUCGGCGGUGAAUAAAGUCUGGAGCGGCGAUAAACGACUCUCUCUUUACGGUUACACUCUGGAGACCAUCAACCUGCUACUUUUACCCAUGAUGCAAACCAAGAAAGAAUCAUUAGGAUCCAUGGGCAACGACGCUCCCCUGGCAUGUUUGUCGGAAUUCCAACCAUUAUUGUACGAAUAUUUCAAGCAAUUGUUUGCGCAGGUAACAAACCCACCGAUCGAUCCGUUCCGCGAAAAAAUCGUGAUGUCGAUGCUCUGCCCGAUCGGGCCCGAAAGCAACAUCCUGGAAACGAGCGAGUUGCAAGUACAUCGCUUGUUCCUGCCCCAACCGAUACUGUCCCUGAGCGAUCUCGAGGUUCUCAAGCGCACGACGCAUCGCGGCUGGCGAACAAGAGUGAUCGAUAUCACUUACCCCAUUGAAGACGGUCCCAGCGGCUUGUCGAAGACGCUGAAUCGUAUUAAUAAUGAGGCUAACGCGGCUGCCAGAGAUGGUUAUCAGCUUCUCGUGUUAUCCGACCGACAAGGUGGUCCGUCAAGAGUUCCGGUAAGCAGUCUGCUAGCUCUGGGUGCCGUUCAUCAUCAUUUAAUCGAAGAGAGACAACGAAUGAAGGUCGGUCUUAUUCUGGAAACAGCGGAGGCUCGAGAGGUUCAUCACAUCUGCGUGCUACUCGGUUACGGAGCGGACGCCAUAUGUCCUUAUCUAGUAUUCGAAAUGGCGAAAAACCUGAGGGCAGAUCGCGUUUUCGACGAGACCUUCACCGAUGACGUUAUCUUUAAGAAUUAUGCGGAGGCUAUGGAACGAGGAAUCGCGAAAGUGAUGGCCAAGAUGGGAAUCUCAACUCUGCAAUCUUAUAAAGGAGCCCAGAUAUUCGAGGCAGUUGGACUAGCCGACGAAGUUAUCGACAAAUGCUUCAAGGGCACUCAAUCUCGUAUCGGUGGCGUGACAUUCGAUAUCCUGGGCAAGGAGGCGUUCGAGAGACAUCGAUUAACGUACUGGGAGAAACCCAUGGAUCAACUGGUGAUUCGCAAUCCUGGAAUUUAUCAUUGGCGAUCUGGUGGUGAGAAACAUAUCAAUGAUCCCGCCAGCAUCGCUAGUUUACAGGAAUAUGUCGUCUCGAAGAGCAACUCGGCUUAUGAGAAUUAUCGCAAAACAACGAUGGACGUGGUGAAAGCUUGCACUCUGCGCGGCCAGCUCGAAUUGAAGAAAUCGCGUGAUCCGAUUCCCAUCACGGACGUGGAAUCCGCGUCGGAAAUUGUGAAGCGGUUUGCAACCGGUGCGAUGAGCUUCGGCAGCAUCUCCAUGGAAGCUCAUACCACUCUGGCGAUCGCCAUGAACCGCAUCGGCGGCAAAUCGAACACUGGCGAGGGCGGUGAAAACGCAGACAGGUAUCUAAACCAAGAUCCGGAGUUUAGCAAGCGCUCGUCCAUUAAGCAGGUAGCGAGCGGCCGUUUCGGCGUGACUGCCAGCUACUUGGCGAAUGCGGACGAUCUGCAGAUUAAGAUGGCGCAGGGUGCGAAACCCGGCGAAGGCGGCGAGCUGCCUGGUUACAAAGUCACCGCGGAGAUUGCCGCCACCAGACACUCGGUACCCGGAGUAGGUCUGAUCUCGCCGCCGCCGCAUCACGACAUCUACUCGAUCGAGGAUCUGGCUGAGCUCAUCUACGACCUCAAAUGCGCCAAUCCGAACGCCCGCAUCUCCGUCAAGCUCGUAUCCGAAGUCGGAGUUGGCGUAGUCGCCGCUGGCGUUGCCAAAGGCAAGGCUGAACAUGUGGUGAUAUCUGGCCAUGAUGGCGGCACCGGCGCCAGCAGCUGGACCGGCAUCAAGUCCGCCGGACUACCAUGGGAGUUAGGCAUCGCCGAGACGCACCAAGUGCUCACCCUGAACAAUUUGAGAUCGCGUAUAAUCGUCCAGGCGGACGGUCAGUUGCGCACCGGUUUUGACAUUGUGGUGGCUGCGCUGCUUGGCGCGGACGAGUUUGGCUUUAGCACUGCCCCGUUGAUCGCUAUGGGCUGCACCAUGAUGAGAAAGUGCCACUUGAACACCUGCCCAGUGGGAAUCGCUACACAGGAUCCGAUACUAAGGAAAAAAUUCGAGGGCAAGCCGGAACAUGUCAUCAAUUUCUUCUUCGCGCUCGCUGAAGAGGUACGUUCGCACAUGGCCAAUUUGGGCAUCCGCAAAUUCCAAGAUCUGAUUGGACGAACGGAUCUCCUCAAGGUACGCGAUGACAUUACCACGGAGAAAGCCAAGACCCUGAAUCUCAGCAAUAUUCUGCGAAACGCGCUGGACUUGAGACCCGGCGUGAAUAUUAGGGGCGGCACUUUGAAACAGGACUUUCAACUGGAGAACAGACUCGAUAAUAAACUGAUCCAACUGGCUGAACCCGUUUUGAAUGGAGAACAGACUCGAGUCGACAUCGAGAUGAACAUUAACAACGAGUGCAGGGCGUUCGGAUCGACGUUGAGUUAUCAUGUAGCCAAACGAUUCGGAGAAGCUGGAUUACCCGAGCAUAGUAUCAACAUCAAAAUGCAAGGCUCUGCGGGUCAGAGUUUCUGCGCUUUCAUGGCCAAGGGUAUACACGUCACCCUUGAAGGUGAUGCCAACGAUUACGUCGGCAAGGGUCUCUGCGGAGGUGAAAUUGCCAUAUAUCCACCGAAGGACUCCGAGUUCAACUCGGAAGCGAACGUGAUUGUCGGGAAUGUUUGUCUUUACGGUGCCACUUCUGGAAAGGCUUACUUCCGUGGCAUCGCCGCUGAGAGAUUCAGCGUACGCAACAGCGGGGCAAUCGUCGUGGUGGAGGGUGUGGGCGAUCAUGGUUGCGAGUACAUGACCGGCGGUUGCGCCCUGAUUUUGGGUCUUACCGGUAGGAACUUUGCCGCCGGAAUGUCCGGCGGAAUCGCGUACGUUUUUGACGUGGAUGGCUCCUUCAAGAGCAAGUGCAAUCCUGAAAUGGUAGAGUUACUACCGCUCGACAAGCCCGAGGAAAUCGCUUACGUGAAGCAAUUACUGGAAGAAUUCAUCGAAAAGACCGACUCGUUGAUCGCACAGGAUUUGCUUGCCACAUGGCCGGAACCGACCACGAGAUUCGUCAAAGUUUUCCCGUACGAAUAUCAACGAGCCCUUAAACAGUUAGAGGAGGCCAAGCAACAAACGCCUAAUGUAAUUAAUGGUGAUGUGCAAGUGACAAAUCAUAAGAUCAAAGACAUAGAGGAUGCGAUAGAGGAUGCUGAGAUGGCACAACGCAAGCUUGAUAAGAUCAAGGGCUUUAUGAAGUAUUCGAGGCAAAAGGUCAUGUACAGACCAGCGGAGAAGCGUAUGGAGGACUGGAACGAGAUCUACAACUUCCAGGGUGUCAGGAAGACUCUGCGAGUGCAAGCGGCGAGGUGCAUGGAGUGCGGCGUUCCGUUCUGCCAAAGCAGUCACGGCUGUCCAUUAGGCAACAUUAUUCCGAAGUGGAACGAUCUCGUAUUCCAUCAACACUGGAAGGAGGCCCUCAAUCAACUAUUGCAGACUAAUAAUUUUCCCGAGUUCACCGGAAGAGUCUGCCCUGCACCUUGCGAGGGCGCGUGUGUCCUAGGGAUCUCCGAACCACCCGUGACAAUCAAAAAUAUCGAGUGCGCGAUAAUCGAUCACGCAUUCGAACAGGGUUGGAUCGUUCCUCAUCUGCCGACCAGAAGAACCGGACGGAAAGUCGCAGUGGUGGGUUCCGGUCCCGCAGGAUUAGCCGCUGCUCAUCAACUAAACAAGGCAGGUCACACAGUGACCGUAUUCGAGAGAAACGAUAGAAUCGGCGGUUUGCUACAAUACGGCAUACCGACAAUGAAGCUUUCCAAAGAGGUCGUUCAAAGAAGAGUCUCUCUCCUAGCCGCGGAGGGAAUUAUUUUCAGGACGAACGUUGACGUCGGCAAAGAUAUUACAACGCAUCAACUUCAAGAGCAAUACGACGUGGUAUUGUUAACUACAGGAGCGACAUGGCCGCGGGAUUUGCCGAUUCCCGGCCGGCAGCUGGAGGGAAUUCAUUUUGCCGUGAGUUUCUUAGAACAUUGGCAGAAGAAACAGAUGGGUAACGCGAUGCCACUCGACAUGCGGCUGAUGGCCAAAGAUAAGGACGUCGUCAUCAUAGGUGGCGGCGACACCGGAUGCGAUUGCAUAGCAACCUCGCUGCGUCAGGGCGCAAAGACGAUCACGACCUUCGAGAUUCUGCCCGAGCCGCCAGCUCAGAGGGGCAAGGAUAAUCCGUGGCCUCAGUUCCCGCGUGUAUUUAAGGUUGAUUACGGUCAUGAGGAAGUAUCCCUAAAAUUCGGCCGAGAUCCGCGUAGAUAUAGCACGCUAAGCAAGGAAUUUCUGGAUGACGGAAAGGGCCACGUAUGCGGCAUCAGGACGGUGUCCGUCGAGUGGCGAAAGGACGAGAACGACCGAUGGAAGAUGGACGAGGUGUCGAAUUCGGAGAAGGUAUACAAGUGCGAUCUGGUGUUGCUCGCUAUGGGCUUCCUCGGCCCCGAGAAAUAUAUCGCCACGGAACUGAAGGCCCAAUUGGACGAGAGGGGAAAUUAUAAAACUCCGGCUGGGAAAUAUCGUACUAGUUUACCCGGAAUAUACGCGGCAGGCGAUUGCAGACGUGGACAGUCUCUCGUGGUAUGGGCAAUCACGGAAGGGCGAUUGGCCGCGAAGGAAAUCGAUUUGGCCUUGAUGGGAGAAACUGGCCUUCCUGGAAGCGGAGGUGUUAUAACCGGCGUUAGCGCUUAAGGAUCUUCGCGACAGAUGUUGGUCUUCCAGUUAGAAAACAAAAAGAUCCACCGUGUGUAUGUACCACGAGGAAAGGAUCGUAUCGACUAUUAGAAGGCAGGAGGAGAGUCCUUGGGGAUCUAAGGAUGCAAGAUCCGAGCUCUAAGGAUUCGAAAAUUCCAAGAAUCCAAGAAGAUACGAACUUAGAAUUAUAGAGUUCAGAAAUCUAGGAAUCGGAGAGAUGUAAAUCGGAAAUAAAAAUCCAAACUUUUAACAAUCCAAUAAUCUAUAGUUCCUAGCAUGCAGAGAUUAAAGAAUUUUCUCUUAGAACAAAUUAUAAAUUUUUAAGAGAUUUUUAAAUAUUCAAAAAAAGUUUUUCUCUCUUUUAAAAACCUAGAGACCGGGGAACUCUUGUAUUCAAUUUUCCGACAUUCAAGGAUCUAUAGAUUUUAGGAUUCAAAAGUCUAACAACGAAAACAUUAGAGAAGCUGAAAGAAAAAAAGUUCCAGGGGUUCCAAAAAUAUAAAAAUUGAAGACACACAAUUGCGAGUCUCUAUUAAAUAAAGUAAAAAUAAAGAGAGAAAGCUAUUUCAUUAAAGUAUUAUUUAUAAAGUACACUUAUACACAAUUUUUUAAUGUUUUAAUUUUUUAAAUGUUUUUAGCUUUCUGAAGUAAAUAUCGAAAAAAAAACAGGUAAUAUUCUCAAUUAAUCUUGUAUGCAGUUAAUUAUAAUUAUUGAAACACAAUUGUAAAUUUAUUCUUUUAUGCAACGAGAAACGAUUGUAAUUAUUAAUGAAGCUUAAUACGUAAGUACAAAAAGUAUUCGUAUAUACCGCCAUAUUUUAUUUUCUACAUUUUUAUUAGUAAAUUUUUAUAGGGGAUAUAAGAACAGAGAGAAUCUAUAUAGAUAUAUAUAAAGCAUUAUUCAAUAAAAACAUUUAUGCAUCACUAUUUUUGUUUUUGUGUGAAUCUUGUUUUAUCUCAGUUAUACAUAAUAAUACACGAACUCAUCAAUUAAUACUAAUUAAACUGUUGUAUUGAUGCAUUAUUUAUAAAUUAAUAAUUUUGGCUGGCUACAAACAAUGUAUUUGCAACAUUUAUUAUUUAGCAACAUAGAAAAACUAUUUUUUAUGAUUAAAAAAAAUAUAUUCUUUUUCAGCGCAUUUUAUCGUACCAUUAUCAUCGACUAUCAACGAAUGUUUUAUAGAAAAAAAUCUGAAAGUUUAUAUAUUUCACAAACUAUUUACUUUAAACAAAAAGAGUUUUAUUAAAAAAUUGUUUCUGAUUUAUUAUUUAAAGAUAAAAGAGAUAUAAAAGAUGGUAGAAAUUUAUAUAUUUUUUUUCUUUUAAUAUAGGAUGCAAAGUUGAUUGCUAUAUAGAAAAUUAUGGUAUACGAAUACUUUUAUUAAUAUGCUUAUUUUUCAUUCGUUGUCAGUAUAUAAUGUGUAUUAAUAUUUUUGGCGUUUGGCUUCGAAUCUGGGCAUUCGCUUAGGUUGCCUAGCAUAUCAUGAAUCCACUCAUAUUAUCGAUGAAAAAAGUUUACACAAGUUAUCAGAAAAGAUGAUAGAAUAGCGUAAAUAAUAAGACAAUGUAGCACAUGUAUUAUAUAUACGUCGUUCACUGUAAUUCUACUGAUGAUUCUAUCAAUUAAUUCACUGCUGAGCUGCUUAUUAUUAAGUAGAGAGGAAACGAUCGUUCAAUCCGUUAACCGGUUUAAGUUUUAAGCAUAUCUUAAUAAAUCGAUUGCUCCUUAACUGAAUAAAUUAUGGAAUUUCUAAAGUAUACUUGUGACCGUAAGAUAUAUUUGUGUAUGUAUUAAAGACAGGUACAGUAAAUAUGCAGAAAACGAAUAAAAAAGGAAAUUAAAAAAGA